AUGAAUCUGAAAAAAUCAUUAUCUAAGAGAGGUAUCCCUCUUAAUGACUUUGAAAUCUGGCUUGCUGCUCUGCUUGCAAUUUUUGUGUGUGUUUGUGCUGGAUUAAUUACACUUUCAUGGCUACUAAUCAAGGAGUCACAACAAGGUAAUCAUGCAGCCACAGGAACAUUUAAAAUACUGUCAGGAGCAUCAUUCAGCCCUAGUUUGGAAGACAACUCAUCAGCUGACUUCAAGGCCCUUGCCUUCGAUAUUCAGCAAUUGAUAACUGAAAUCUAUCAAGCAAGUCAGCUGAAGAAUGAAUAUAAGAACUCUGAAGUUUUGCUGUUCAAAAAUGGCAGCAUUAUUGUAGUAUUCCGCCUAAACUUUGCACAGUGGGUCUCUAACGAGAAAGCGAAGAAUGAACUGGUUUUAGGUAUUGAAGCAAACAAAACUAGCCUUUUGAAGACUAUUAAUAUUGAUGUAAACAGCAUAGAAGUCACAGAACAACUCACUACAAGCAAUUCUUCAACAACUUCAGUUAUUUCAGUGAAGUGUUUACCUUCUGAGGAAUCUUGUGCUGAUGCCAUAAACUGCAUAAGUAAAAACCUAUAUUGUGAUGGACUACCUAACUGCCCAGAUGGUUCAGAUGAAAUUGACAGUAUAUGUGCUACAACUUGUGAUGGAAAAUUUAUGUUGACUGGCUCCUCUGGGUCUUUCCACUCUAUUAAUUAUCCAAAGCCUUAUAAUUCAAAUAUCGUUUGCCAAUGGAUUAUACGCACGAAUCAUGGAUUAUCAAUUAAACUAAACUUCACUUCCUUUGAUACCCAACAAUACACAGACAUUUUAAACAUUUAUGAAGGUACAGGACCAAGCAAGAUUUUAAGAGCUUCGCUCUGGGGGACAAAUCCUGGAACAGUUUACAUUUUUUCUGAUGAGGCUACAGCAGAGUUUAUUACAGAUUAUUCUGAAAAUUAUAAUGGAUUCAAUGCAACAUAUACCACAUUUCAUACCAGUGAACUAAGCAAUAAUGAGAAAAUUAACUGCAAUUUUGAGGAUAGUUUUUGUUAUUGGAGUCAAGAUUUAGAAGAUGAUGGUGAAUGGGAGAGAAUUAGUGGUCCUACUUUUCCUUUUAUGUCUGGCCCUGAUUAUGACCAUACGUAUGGCAACUUGUCAGGAUUUUAUAUUUCAACACCCAUAGGAUUUACAACAAGACAGCAGAGAGUUCGACUUUUUAGCUUGCCUUUAGUUCCAGCAUCAGAUCCAUUCUGUCUACGUUUUUGGUAUCAUAUGUAUGGUACUAACGUUUAUCGCUUCAGUAUUAAAAUCACGAAUAGCAAUAACAUGGAAAAGACUGUUUUCCAGAGAGAAGGAAACUAUGGAAACAACUGGAAUUAUGGACAAGUAACCUUAAAUGAAACAUCUAAUUUUAAGGUGAUUUUUGAUGCAUUUAAAAACCCAGGUCUGAGUGAUAUUGCUCUAGACGACAUUGGCCUGACAAGUGGAAAGUGUAAGGAAAGUAUUUAUCCAGAGCCAACUGUAGUUCCAACAACCACUACUCCAUCUCCACUUCCCACUGACUGUGGGGGACCAUUUGAACUCUGGGAACCAAACACUACAUUCAGUUCUAAAAAUUACCCGAACAACUACCCUGACCAAGCCUCUUGUAUAUGGUAUUUAAAUGCUGAAAAAGGGAAAAACAUUCAACUUCAUUUUCAAUAUUUUUACCUGGAAGAUAUCUAUGAUGUAGUUGAAAUCAGAGAUGGAAGAGGAAACAAUUCUUUGUUUUUAGCUGUCUAUACAGGACAAAACUCCGUUCCAGAUGUCUACUCUACCACAAACCAGAUGACAGUGCUCUUCAUUACUGACAAAUCUGGAACUCGGAAAGGAUUUCUUGCAAAUUUUACAACUGGUUAUAAUCUUGGAAUGCCUGCACCCUGUGGACCCAAAGAUUAUCAGUGUGGGAGUGGGGAAUGUAUACCCCUGGAUAAUCUUUGUGAUGGACAUUUGCAGUGUAAAGAUGGCUCUGAUGAAACAGAGUGUGUACAUCUGUUUAAUGGUUCUCUAAGUGUCAAUGGAUUGGUACAGUUCAGGAUUGAGAAUAAAUGGUAUAUAGCAUGUGCAGAUUAUUGGAGUGAGCAGAUUUCAAAUGACGUUUGUAAUGCAUUAGGACUAGGGAAUAUGAAUACAUCAUCAACGAUGUCAACUACUGGAAACGGGCCAUUUGUGAAAAUCACCAAAGCAGCUAACCAGAGCACAAUACUUAUGCCAAGCAAACAGUGUCUCAAUAAUCUGGUGAUGUAUUUGCAAUGCAACGAUAAACCUUGUGGAAAACAGCUGAUAACCCAGCAGAUCAAUGGAAAGAUUGUAGGUGGAAGUGAUGCCAAAGAAGGAGCUUGGCCUUGGGUAGUCUCACUGUUUUUUAAGGAUAGGCCUACAUGUGGAGCUUCCCUCCUCAGUGAUGAAUGGCUGGUCUCAGCAGCACACUGUGUAUAUGGGAGGAAUUUAAUACCAUCUCAGUGGAAAGCAGUGCUUGGCUUGCACACCACUUUGAAUCUGACUUAUCCUCAGACAGUAAUUCAAGAGAUCGACCAAAUCGUCAUAAAUCCCCAUUAUAACAAGCGCACAAAAAAUAAUGACAUUGCUAUGAUGCAUCUUCAGUUCAAAGUCAAUUAUACAGAUUACAUACAGCCUAUUUGCUUACCUGAAGCAAGUCAACAGUUUUUGCCAGGAAUUAAUUGCUUUAUUGCUGGCUGGGGUAGAACUGUGUACCAAGGUUCCACUGCAAACAUACUGCAAGAAGCAGAGGUCCCUCUUAUAACAAAUGAGAAAUGUCAACAACAGCUGCCACAAUAUAAUAUUACAGAAAAUAUGAUGUGUGCAGGCUAUGAUGAAGGAGGAGUAGAUUCCUGUCAGGGAGAUUCAGGAGGAGCCCUAAUGAUUCAAGACAACAGCAGGUGGCUUUUGGCAGGUGUGACAUCCUUUGGCUAUCAGUGUGCACUGCCCCAGCGUCCUGGAGUGUAUGCUCGAGUCACACAAUUUGUGGACUGGAUAAAACAAUUCAUACAUUAGCUUAAUUUUUAAAAAAUCUAACAAAAUGAAUGUGAAGACAAAUAUUAAGCAAGAUUAUAAUAUACCACAUAACAUUCAAAGCCAUUGGUGAGAGAAACUGAAUAAAAUCCUAUCAUUCCAUAUGAGGUUAAGAAUAAUCAAACUUUUGGAAGGAAAACAUUACAUAUCAAAAAACUACCAUGUCAGAAAGCAUCAUUUCAAAACAUCAUCUGUGUCUUUUGCCAUUGGUUCUUACCACUUUACAUUGACUGCAGUAAGAAAUAUCGUUUUACUAUUUGUCCACCUUAAAAACAUAUUAUUUUUAAAAUACCCAUGUCCAGUACAUUAUGGAAACCUCCACUAAGGUUUAGAGUAAAAUAUAUGACUUGUGAAGGACACACUCUUUAUUGAAUAUAUAAAAUAUUCAUCCCAGCCAAACAUUUAAACUUUUUUCCAGUAUUUUUACGUGCGUUCCCAUUUCAAUCCAUGGGGAAUUUUGUUUAAUAAUCCCCAAGAUCAAAAUGUAGGUUGAAGGAUACAUAGGCUGUACCUGAACUGUUUAAUCUGAAGCCAUGAGAGCUCUUCUGUUUUAUCUAUUACAAACAGUUCUGGAAUAGGUUUUUAUACAUGGAGAUAGUGUGCAAAUCAAUCUGACUGCUUUAUAAUGGAUAAACUAAACUGGGGCCAAAUUCUCCCACUGGUGCUACUGUUUUGGAAUUAAUAAAGUUAUACCAGGGAUGAACAUGGUACCUUUUUUCUUAUUAUUUCUGGCAAACAGAUACGCACUUGUGCACACAAAAACCAAAUGCUUCUGUUAUUAACAGCAAUGCUCUUAAAAGCAUCCAGCAAUAAGCUUCCUCAGCUAAUUUUGCAAGGAAAAUAAACAUGCCACUCAAGUCGCUGCUUUAAUAGUACAUCAGUCAUCAGUACAAGGGACUUUUAAAGAAUGUUUUGGAUUGUUUUGUUUUAACACUUAGGGCUAAUCAUCCACUAAAGGAAUUCAAUUGUAUAAAAUUUGAAAUUGACUGCUUUAAUUUCUUAGAGUCUUCUCCAGAUAAGACUUUCUCUAGAGAUAAAUAACUAUGUACUCACAAUUUAUGUAUGUUUGUAUCUAAAGAUGUAAUCAUUCUACUAUAAUAUUACAUGUUCUAU